AUGAUGUCCUAUAUGAAGCAGCCUCAUUACGCAGUCAAUGGGUUAACCCUAGCGGGACCGGGCAUGGAUCUGCUCCACUCCGCCGUGGGAUACCCAAGUAAGUGCCUUUCCUGCCCUGCUUCCACCCCACGGAAGCAGCGGCGCGAGCGGACGACUUUCACACGGGCCCAGCUGGACAUUCUGGAGGCACUUUUCGCUAAGACCCGCUACCCAGACAUCUUCAUGCGAGAGGAGGUAGCGCUCAAGAUCAACCUGCCGGAGUCCCGGGUGCAGGUUUGGUUCAAGAACCGACGGGCCAAGUGCCGCCAGCAGCAGCAGCAGAGCAGCGGCCAGGCCAAGGCGCGCCCGGCCAAGAAAAAGAGCUCGCCGGCCCGGGAGACCAGCUCGGAAACCAGCACCAAUGGGCAGUACAGCCCCCCGCCCGCCGGCACAUCGGGUACCCCCAGCUCCACGGCCAGCGCCACCGUCUCCAUCUGGAGCCCGGCCUCCAUCUCCCCCAUCCCCGACCCCCUGGCCUCCUCGGCCACCCCCUGCAUGCAGCGCUCCGCCGCCUACCCCAUGACCUACACCCAGGCCGCCGGCUACCCCCAGAGCUACGCCGGCUCGUCCUCCUACUUCACCGGCCUGGACUGCGGCUCCUACCUCUCGCCCAUGCACCCGCAGCUCUCUGCCCCUGGCGCCGCCCUGAGCCCCAUCGCCGCCCCGGCCAUGGGCAGCCACCUCAGCCAGUCCCCGGCCUCCCUGUCCAGCCAGGGCUUCGGCACGGCCGGCCUGAGCUUCGGCACGGUGGAUUGCUUAGACUACAAGGAUCAGACGGCCUCUUGGAAACUCAACUUCAACGCCACGGACUGCUUGGAUUACAAAGAUCAGAGCUCCUGGAAGUUCCAGGUGUUGUGAAGUGA